CCUUACGUAAAAAAAGCAGAAAUAUCCAUCAGCCGUGCAGUGCCUGAAGCCUCGAAUUCUACAUUCGGCUGGUCGGUCAGUGCACAGGGCUGUUCGGAGAAUUCAAUCACCCUGCCCGUUAGCAGAAACACGGGCUCUAAUUCUGGAUCCGUUCCAGAAUCAAAGACAAAUUCUUCAAGCAGGCCUCCUCUAUCCCCGGAAAGGCUGUUGGAAGCUACCAAGUCCUGUAUGCUCGGCCAAAUCUCUUCAUUUGACGAGGAACGUCUUCAUGUGGAGACGCUUAGAGCAGAAAGUGAGGCAGAGGCAGCCAGGCGAGUUUGGGCUGGCGGCAAGCCACAAUAUUAAACAUGACUGGUUGUGCAGACAUUAA